AUGGCAGAGAGAUGGACGAGCACGGCUCUACUCGUUAUCGAUAUGCAGAACGAUUUCAUAGAGGAAGGUUCUGUGACGCAAGUGAAAGGUGGAAAAGCCAUAGUUCCUAAUGUUGUCAGAGUCGUCGAACUCGCGAGGCAGCGUGGGGUUCUCGUGAUUUGGGUCGUUCGUGAACACGAUCCACAAGGAAGAGAUGUUGAACUAUUCAGACGUCACAAUUACAAAUCUGAGAAAGUUGGACCUACCGUGAAAGGAACGGUAGGUGCAGAGUUAGUAGAUGGAUUGAUCAUCAGAAAAGAAGAAGACUAUAAGAUUGUGAAAACCCGUUUCAGCGCUUUCUUUGCUACUCAUCUUCAUUCCUUCUUGCAAACCUCCGGUGUCACCAAGUUAGUGAUUGCCGGUGUUCAAACGCCAAAUUGUAUCCGGCAAACGGUUUUUGAUGCAGUGGCGUUGGAUUAUCCAGAUGUAACUGUUAUUACGGAUGCUACAGCUGCUGCUACACCAGAGAUUCAUAACGCGAAUAUUCUGGACAUGAGGAAUAUCGGCGUCAAGACUCCCACAUUACACGAGUGGUCCGAGGAAUUUGCUUGA